UGUGUGUAUGUGUGUGUGUGUGUGUGUGUGUGUGUGUGUGUGUGUGUGUGUGUGAGUGAGUGAGUGGGGUUGAGGGCCAGUCAGCCCGACCGCGAGGCUGCGAGAAAGUGGGCGAGUGUGCGAGGGUUCCUGGCCUGGCUGUGGAAGCCGCGGCGGCGGCGGAGAAAGGAGGCGGCUCCCGGUAUCCCCGGCCCCCCUCCCCCUCCUCUCCUUCUCGGACUUCCAGCCUGCCCCGCAGCCCGCGGUCCGCUUGGAGGCCCCAGCCCGGCUCCGCUGGCCGAGAGUGAGGGAGGAGCCGCUGGAGCCAGAACGAAUCGGCAUUCAGGAGGAAAUACUCCAGGAAAAGGAAGAACAAGCAGAUCAAGAUGUGUAGCUCUGUAGCAGCCAAGUUGUGGUUUUUGACAGACCGUCGAAUUAGGGAAGACUAUCCCCAAAAAGAAAUUUUACGAGCAUUAAAGGCCAAAUGUUGUGAGGAGGAAUUGGACUUUAGAGCUGUGGUGAUGGAUGAGGUGGUACUGACAAUCGAGCAAGGAAACCUGGGUCUACGGAUCAAUGGAGAACUAAUUACUGCCUACCCCCAGGUGGUGGUAGUGAGAGUACCCACCCCUUGGGUGCAGAGUGAUAGUGACAUCACUGUUUUGCGCCAUCUAGAGAAGAUGGGAUGCCGGUUGAUGAACCGACCUCAAGCCAUCCUGAACUGUGUUAAUAAGUUCUGGACAUUUCAAGAGUUGGCUGGCCAUGGUGUUCCUCUGCCAGAUACUUUCUCUUAUGGUGGUCAUGAAAAUUUUGCUAAAAUGAUUGAUGAAGCAGAAGUCCUGGAGUUUCCCAUGGUAGUGAAGAAUACACGAGGUCAUAGAGGCAAAGCUGUUUUCUUGGCUCGAGAUAAGCACCAUUUGGCUGAUCUAAGCCAUCUUAUUCGCCAUGAAGCUCCAUACCUGUUCCAGAAGUAUGUUAAAGAGUCUCAUGGACGGGAUGUGCGUGUCAUUGUUGUGGGAGGCCGUGUGGUUGGCACCAUGUUACGUUGUUCAACUGAUGGAAGGAUGCAGAGUAACUGCUCACUAGGUGGUGUGGGGAUGAUGUGCUCCUUGAGUGAACAAGGGAAGCAGCUAGCCAUCCAGGUGUCUAAUAUCCUGGGGAUGGAUGUGUGUGGCAUUGACCUACUGAUGAAAGAUGAUGGCUCCUUCUGUGUCUGCGAGGCCAAUGCAAAUGUAGGUUUCAUCGCCUUUGAUAAGGCUUGUAAUCUAGAUGUAGCUGGUAUCAUAGCAGACUAUGCUGCCUCCCUCCUGCCCUCUGGCCGGCUCACGCGGCGUAUGUCCCUGCUCUCCGUGGUGUCCACGGCCAGUGAGACUAGUGAGCCGGAGCUGGGUCCCCCAGCCAGCACUGCUGUCGACAACAUGAGCGCAAGUUCCAGCUCUGUUGACAGCGACCCUGAAAGCACGGAGCGAGAGCUGCUCACCAAGCUCCCAGGGGGCCUGUUCAACAUGAACCAGCUGCUAGCCAAUGAAAUCAAACUCCUGGUGGAGUAACUCCACCGGUAAAUAAUUAACCAACAAAACCACUUUAUUUUUCUUCUUUUCUCCCCCUCUUUCUUUCU